CAGCACUGUGUUGACCACCCCAUAUGUAUUUUGUGUGUGACGUGUCUGCGCUUCGAUAAAUAAUAAUAAUUAAAUUUACCUCGAAAUAAGCAAAAUACAAAUCAAAAAACAGUAAAAAUGGUUGAAAUCGGUGGCGUCGUCUCCAAGUUCUACAACGAUUAUGUGCAGAACACACCGAAGAAGCUCAAAAUGGUGGAUAUCUACUUGGGCUACAUUCUGCUGACCGGCAUCAUACAAUUUGUUUACUGCUGCCUAGUGGGCACAUUUCCCUUCAACUCAUUCCUCUCGGGUUUCAUCAGCACUGUGAGCUGUUUUGUGCUCGCCGUUUGUCUGCGUCUCCAGGCAAAUCCACAGAACAAAUCUGUUUUUGCCGGCAUCUCACCGGAACGUGGAUUCGCUGACUUUAUCUUCGCACAUGUAAUUUUACACUUGGUCGUGAUGAACUUCAUUGGCUAAGGAGCAAUUUCAAGACAUUUUCAUACUUGCUAAAUGAUUAUGAUAAAAUGUAUAAUUUAAAGAAAAAUAAAUAUGUAUGUACUAUUUAAA